GUAGGAGUGGGUGGUGGGCGGGGCCAGGGAGUCAACAGGUCGCAGGUGGCCUAUAAAAGGUCGCACGGCUGCCACCACCUUCGCAUUCUCCUGUUAUACCGCUCCGACUGCAGUGUCCUUCGCCUCUGUACCAGCUGCCCUCUCGCUCGCUUGAUCCUCCUCCCGAGACAAAAGCAACAGCAAAGCAUGGUGAGGUCCUUCAGGCAACAGACCAUGACGGUGAUGACGAUCGCUCUGUGCCUCAGCCUGGCCACGGCGCAGACCUUCCAGUACAGCAGAGGGUGGACGAAUGGGCGUAAGAGGUCAGACCUGAGCGUGGGCGUCGCGAGGACCGUGAAUCCCCUAUCGUUCCCCCUAACUCGUCUUCUCCCUGUGUCUCUCCACCAGAACGCUGCUUAUAACCCACCUGUCAAGACUGUAGAAGAGCGACUACGAGCGCUGGAAGCUGGUUUUGCCGCUGUAAUGAGGGCCAGCAGCGCCAAUCUUUCCUCUGGUGGCGACGACGAAUACUAUUCUGAAAACUAAUUCUCAACCCCGUAUUUUUUUUCUCAGUACAUGAUGGCUGCUAUGUUAUAUCCAUAAACAAGACGAUAAUGAAAAAUUAAAAAAGAAAUAAAAAAAAAAAAAAAAAAGAUGAGUGAGGAUAAAAAAAAUUUAAUUUCGUUUAUCACGCUCAUUUGUCACUGUGCAGAAGGCUUAGAGGCUCGUGGCGGUGUGUGUUGCAGGCAAGUUGUCCUUUCUGCCGCUUGCACGAGGAGGAAAAGGACUUGGGGUGGGGGGCAGUGUCAGUGGUACAUGUGAGAGAUUGCUCAAGAUAAGUUUCUAAGAGGCAUUAUAUUAGUCUGCACAUUAUAUACCUAUAUCCAUCUACCCUCACCUACAGGUAUACACAGUGUAUAUAUUCGCCCACACACACACACACACACACACACACACACACACACACACACACAC